AGAACACGGAAGUGAAGAGAAGAUCAGUGCUUUUGUUGGGCAAGGUGCUGAGUCAGAGGACAAAGAACCAUUUACAAAUAUUGUCAUUAUUCAAGUCCAUGAAGAAAGAUGGCAACUGUUUUAGAGCUGCUUCAAGAUAUUCUAGAAGACCUGGAACGAAGCAAUCUAAAGAAAUUUAGGAGUCGCUUAAAACAAGAUGGACCCAUUGGAGCUGGUAAACUGGAGAAUGCUGAUGCCACUGACAUAGUGGACAUAAUGAUGGAGCGUUUUGGAGCUGAAGAAGCUGUGAAGAUCACAUUGAAAAUUCUGAGGAAGAUGAACCAGAACCAGCUGGCUGAAGAGUUACAGAACAAGUACACUGAAGUGCAAAAAUCAUUAGAAUCCGCUGAGAAACAAACAAAAAAACAAGAUGAUGUCUGGAUGCGGGAAUUCUUGAAAACUCACAAAAUGAACAUGAAGGAGAAAGUCGAACACAUUUUUGAGUGUAAAAAGGAAAACGAAGCACAUCUCAAGGAUGUUUUCACAGAACUCUUCAUUACGGAGGGGGAUCUUAAAGAAGUCAAUCAAGAACAUGAGAUUCUGCAGAUUGAUAAAGCCAUUAAACCCCAUAAAUCACAAGACAGGCCAUUCAAAUGCAAUGAUGUAUUUAAUCUGAACAAAAAUAAGAAAAAGAUUGUGCUGACCAAAGGCAUUGCUGGCAUUGGAAAAACUGUAUCAGUGCACAAGUUCAUUCUGGACUGGGCAGAAGGAAAAGGCAAUCAGGAUAUAGACUGUGUUUUCCUGCUUCCAUUCCGAAAGAUUAACUGCAUUAAAGACAGAGAGAUCAGUCUGCAUGAGUUUCUGCAGAGAUUUAAUCCUGAACUGAAGGACCUGGAAACAACAAAGAUAUGUAAGAUAUAUAGUUGUAAGCUUGCGUUUAUCUUUGAUGGACUGGAUGAGAGUCGACUGACUUUGGAUUUUGACAGUGGAAUGGUGAUGUGUGUUGAGGAGCGAUCAUCUGUAGAUGAACUGUUUGCAAGUCUGGUGAAUGGGACUCUGCUUCCAUCAGCUUGCGUCUGGGUGACCUCACGACCAGCAGCAGCCAAUCAGAUCCCUCCUGAGUAUGUAGGGUUGUUCACAGAGGUGCGAGGAUUCACUGACCGGCAGAAGGAGGAGUAUUUCAGAAAGAGAAUCAAAGAUGAGACUCAGGCCUCCAAAAUGAUCUCACACAUUAAGAAAUCUCCUAGUCUGUACAUCAUGUGUUACAUUCCCGUGUUCUGUUGGAUCACAGCCACUGUUCUUCAGGAUAUUCCUAUUGUGAACAAUGCAGAUAACAUCAACACAACACUCACCGAAAUGUACAUCCACUUCCUGCUGAUACAGAUGAACAUGAAGAGCCAGAAGUGGGACAGAAAAACAGAAAGAGAACGUACCAAGCUCUUAGAUUCCAAUAAAACGAUGAUUUUGAAGUUAGCCAAGCUAGCAUUUGAACAGCUGAAGAAAGAAAACAUUGUGUUCUAUGAGAAAGAUCUGAGAGCAUGUGGUAUCGAUGUAAGUGAAGAUUUUGAGUCCACAGGAAUGCUCACUGAGAUCUUUCAACAAGAAGCUGGACUCCAUGAGAUGAAGGUCUUCUGCUUUGUGCAUCUGAGUGUUCAAGAGUUCCUCGCUGCAGUGCACGUGUUCCUCUGCUACCUGAACAAGAAUAUGGAUGAGCUGCAGUUUUUCUACAACGCAGGUGCUUCACAUGAUUUUCUAAAGAUGGCUGUUGAGAAAGCAAUAGAAAGUCAGAAAGGACAUUUAGACCUAUUUUUACGGUUUCUGCUAGGCAUUUCACUGGAAUCGAAUCAGAAACUGCUUAGAGGCCUGUUCCCACACACUGAAGACAGCAAAGACAGCGUCACAGUCAUAACCAAACACAUUAAAGAACAAUUACAAAGCAGGAAGCUCAUCUCACCUGAAACUUCAAUCAACCUGUUCUACUGCUUACUGGAGCUCAAUGACAAUUCAUUAUAUACAGAAAUCCAAAGAUACAUCAGAUCAUCUCCAGGAAGAAGACUCUCAUCUUCCAUGUACUCAUUGAUUGCUUACGUAGUGCUGAUGUCAGAGGAGGUGCUGGAUGAGCUCAACUUGAUGAUGUACAAGACAUCAUCGGGAAGCCAUGUGAAUCUCCUGCCAGCUGUAAGACGUUGCAGAAGAGCAUUACUAUCCUCACGUGAACUUGAUGACACUUGCUGUGAAACUGUGGCUUUGGCCCUGCAGAUACCAAACUCACCCUUGAUAGAGCUGGACAUGAGUUACAAUAAGCUGCAGGAUUCAGGAGUGAAGCUGCUCUCUGAUGGACUGAAGAGCCCAAACUGUCAGCUGAAGAUACUGAGGUUGAAACGCUGUUAUCUCACUGGUCAGUGUUGUGAAACUGUGGCAUCAGUUCUACAAUCAUCAAACUCCAGUCUGAUAGAGCUGGACUUGAGUAAAAAUGACCUGCAUGAUUCAGGAGUGAAGCUGCUCUCAGAUGGACUGAAGAGCCCAACCUUUCAGCUGGAGAUACUGAGAUUGGAACGCUGUAAACUCACUGGUCAGUGCUGUGAAAUUGUGGCAUCAGUUCUACAAUCAUCAAACUCCCGCCUGAUAGAGCUGGACAUGAGCGACAAUGAGCUGCAGGAUUCAGGAGUGAAGCUGCUCUUAGAUGGACUAAAGAGCCCAAACUGUCAGCUGAAGAUACUGAGAUUGGCAGGCUGUUGUAUCACUGGUCAGUGCUGUGAAAUUAUGGCAUCAGUUCUACAAUCGUCAAACUCCCAUCUGAUAGAGCUGGACAUGAGUUUCAAUUCACGAGUGAAGGAUUCAGGAGUGAAGCUGCUCUCUGAUGGACUGAAGAGCCCAAACUGUCAGCUGGAGAUACUGAGAUUGUGUCACUGUGAUGUGACAAAUGAAGGCUGUCAUUAUCUGGCUUUAGCUCUGUGUUCAAACCCCUCACACCUGAGAGAGCUGGAUCUGAGCUACAUCCCGAAAGCCUCAGGAUUCAAGAUGCUCUAUAAUCUAAUGAAGCAUCCAAACUGCGCACUGAACAACCUCAUGAACGCAUAAAGCAGCAGAGCGGUGCAUUCACAAUAGCAGCUUGUGAUGCUGUCCGCUGAACAGGUGCUUUUCUAUGGCAAGGAACUUCUAUGUCGGGCUUGUUCAGACGGUGACAAGUCAACAGUCUAAAGAAGAACAAAUCAGUGGAACUGGCGUUCGGCAGAGCACCAACUGUUAUUCAUGCACUUCGACACCAUUGCAACGGCUGUUUUAUGUGUAUGUUCAUACACAUACAUAUAUGUGGUUAAUGUUGUUUUGUUCUCUCUUCUUCAGAUACUACUAAUCUCCCACUGGAUCCAAACACAGCAGACACUCGUCUCAUUCUGUCUGAGAAGAACAGAAAUAUGACACGUGUUUGAGGCUCAGCCAUAUCCUCAUCAUCCAGAGAGAUUUGAUGAGUGUCAUCAGGUUCUGUGUAGAGAGAGUCUGACUGGGAGGCUGAAUGGAGUCAGUGACUGAAUAUCAAUUACAUAUAAAGGAAUCAGCAGGAAAGGAAGGAGAUAAUGUAAAUUUGGAUUCAACAAAAUAUCCUGGAGUCUAAACUGUUCUGAUUACAGAUUCACUGGCCGUCACAAUAAUCUGAGAACCAUCAUAUCUGCCCGUUCAUUCCCUAACAGAGGAUGAGCAUUUCUGGACUGACGACCUGUACUUUGUUCUUUUACAGCGUCUCUGACACUCACACACAUCCAACACAAUGAGUUGAUAUGUUCACUUCAGAGUGAUUUGUUUUAUUUUCCUCAAUGGUUCUCAUACACUCAUGACUAUUUACUCUUAAUAUGUUUAAAAGUUCUAAGGAACAAGAAGAAGAAGAAGCCACAAUGAAACAUUUAUAAAUGUCUUGCACUUGUUUGUCAAUAAAAAAAAUGAAAACAAUAGAUAUUUUGUUUCUGCAAUCUCAGGGAAAAGGGGUUCAAAAGCUGUCACUAGGGCAAAAAAAAAAAAAAAAAAAAAGAAGUGAUAGGCUACUUUUGAGAAAAGUUUUAGCCUUAUUUGAGCAGGUCCAGUUAGUUUGAAAAUGAAAUGGCUUGUAAUUAGAGAUGGGCACAAAUACCUUAAAAAAUAUUUGUUAUAAUAUUACAAAUACUGUAUCAAUAAAUGUAAUCAGUAAAUGUAUCAAUACAAUUCAAUGUAUUGGUGUGAGAACAUGUUUCUUGAAAUUAGAAUUACUGUAUAAUUUUAAAAUACAAAAUGAUCUGUAAGACAUGUGCAGACCAUUCAAUAGCUCAUCUAAUAACAUCCUGAAAGAAACGAGUGAGAAUAUGCGUGAUCUAAAACAACAUGUGCAAAAAUAAUACACACUGUUUCUGAUUUUUAGGCAGAAAGAUCUCAAGAAAAGCUUAUGGUAUAUAUUCUUUUGGUUAGGAUAUUGAUAUAGGAACUGCUGUUGCGAAUAAAGUUUCAUUUAUGAUGAUUAUGAUAAACCUACAGUAGAUACAAUUUCAUACCAGUGUCUUCCCUCAUACCAAGUUUAACCACUCUUACUGUAAAUCAUGACAUGCCUAAUAAGAUCAAAAGUAGCAAAGUGACUGAUCAUAAAGAGCUUGUGACACAGGGAACAGUAAACCAGAGGUUUAGUAAAGCAUAUAGUGAGUGUGUUAAUAGAGUUGUAGAUGAAAAUCUGUUUCACGCUCUUUCAUUCACACGUUUGGCUGUUUGGUGCCCUCUGGCGGAUGAUGCUGCAAAUAACACUAGACGAGUAAACCAUUAAAGGAAUAAUUCACCCAAAAAUGAAAAUGACCCCAUGAUAUACUCACCCUCAAGCCAUCCUAGGUGAAUAGGACAUUCUUUCUUUCAG